AUGAUGAUGACAUUAGCUGAUCAAGAGACAGAGGUUAUUAAAGAUUCAUGUAAAGUAGAAAAACCAAUUAAAUUAAUAGAGUUAUCACAAAAACCAAGAGUCUAUAGAAUUCCAGAGUUUCUAACAGAAGAAGAGUGCAACCAUUUAAUAGAUACAUCAAAGAAUAAAUUAAGACCAUGUAAUGAAAUUUCAAGUGGUGUACAUAGAAGUGGAUGGGGUUUAUUCAUGAAAGAAGGUGAGGAAGAGCAUCCAGUAACAAAAAAUAUUUUUAAUAAAAUGAAGAAUUUUGUAAAUAUUUCAGAUAGUUGUGAAGUAAUGCAGAUUAUUAGAUAUAAUCCAGGGGAGGAAACUUCUGCACAUUAUGAUUAUUUUAAUCCAUUAACUACCAAUGGAUCAAUGAAAAUAGGUCUAUAUGGUCAGCGUAUUUGUACUAUUUUAAUGUAUCUUUGCGACGUAGAGGAGGGCGGUGAAACUUCAUUCCCAGAAGUUGGCAUUAAAGUCAAACCAAUUAGAGGCGAUGCAGUAUUAUUUUAUAAUUGUAAACCUAACGGAGAUGUAGAUCCUCUCUCUCUUCAUCAAGGUGAUCCAGUUACCAAAGGUACAAAAUGGGUGGCAAUCAAAUUAAUUAACCAAAAGUCAAAAGAGGGUACACCAACUCAAUAG